AUGGUCUCAUGUAUAAGAAAGGAGAAUAAUGUGCGGUCUAUGGCUAUUGUGAUGCUGACUAUGCUGGAGAUCAUGACACUCGAAGAUAAUCCAGUUUUCCAUGCUAGGACAAAGCAUAUAGAAGUACAUCAUCACUUUCUUCGAGAGAAAGUUCUUCAGGAGGAGAUUGUUAUGAAGCCAAUCGGGACAAAUGAACAAAUAGCUGACAUAUUCACCAAAGCACUAAGUACUUCAAAGUUUUCAGAAUUUCGAAGUCAGCUUGGACUCAUGGAUAGAAAAGUCUCUGCUGAGGGGGAGCACUAUGGUUUGCCGCUGCACUUGAUCCGAGAACUCUAUGAGACAUUUCGCAGCUUCAGAAUCCGCAUUGCGGAUUACAUUCGUUACCGGAAGGUUACAUCAAAUGUGGAUGAACGGUUCCCGAGUGCAACACCUGAGGAGAUUAAUGCAAGUGAUGCAACGUGCAUUAUUUGCCGUGAAGAGAUGUUAACAGCCAAAAAGUUGCAUUGUGGGCACCUUUUUCAUGUGCAUUGUUUGCGAUCAUGGUUAGAACGACAGAAUAUUUGCCCAACUUGCAGAGCUUUAGUUAUUCCUCCUGAAAAUGGAUCAGCUGCAUCUGGACAGCAAGCCACUACUCCAGCUCCUGCUAUAGGCAAUCCAGACCCUAAAAUUUCCAUGUUGAAAGCACGCGAGGCUUUUAUCCAGACCCAGAUUGAGGAGCCUGCAGAACAUUAUUGAUAUGCCCUUGUUGUA